GCAAACCACAACCAGAACAAGAAUAAGAACAACAAUCAAAAAACACUACCGUGUUCUCUAACAGCACCAAUAACAUAAUCAAUAUUACCAGUACCCAUUCAGCCCUUCUAAUAUAGCUAAAUGCGACACAGACAAUCCACUGCGGCAUGUAGAUCCUACUAAGCAACCAGCAUACAUCACACCCCAGAUCCUGACCGAAACAACCAGAAUUCAAAGAAAGAAACAGACGAACCUCCCACAACAAACCCAGUCCCCUUUCCAAAAUAAACAUCAUGAAUCCCCAAGGUCUUCUAAAACGCAAACCCGACACGACGCAAAAAGAGUUCUCAGAACACUGGUACAACAAACACGCCCAACUAAUAGUUCCCUUAUUCCUGUAUUGUAAAGUAGAAAAUUACAUCCAGGUACCUUUCUAUUCCAUCCUCACCCCUUCCCAAUCUCCCCUUCCAAACCUCACAAUCUGAAAAAUAGAUCCACGCCCCUCUCUCAACCUCAAUCUCAGAUCCAUCACUCGCCCUCUCAGAUUGGGACGGCGCAGCAGAAACCCAAAUCACCCCACUCCUGCUCACCCUCCUCAUAGCACCGGAAUCAGAAAAUAUCCCGCGAUGGGUUGUGAGAUACUAUCAAGAGGUUGUGCUUGUGGAUGAGAGGAGGUUUUUGGAUGGGGAGGUGAUGACGCAUAUUAGGAUGGUGGAGGGGGGGACUGUGAUGGGGGAGAGGAAGGCUGUUAUUGAGGGGGGGAAGGUGGUGGCUGGUGUUGGGGAGGAGGCUUGGAGGGUUUGGAGGGGGUAUGAGGGGGUGGGGGAUGUUUAG